AUGGAAAAGGGAUUUCUUGAUAAAGUAGAAGAUAAUGCGGCUGUGCGAGUUUGGGCUGAAACGACACAACGGGAGAAAGGCGAUAGUCUUACCGAGGGGCACGUGUCAGAAUUAUGGGAUUUCACCCGUAUCAGUGUAAUCCAGAAUGACCUUCGAGAAAUGAAAGAAGUCUGGGAUCAGUGGGAUGUCGAGACCAAGCAGCUGUUCUAUUGUAACUACGGUGACCUACCUUAUCUGCUCAGUGUCAAAGUGGACAAGUAUUUAUUCCGAGCCCUUGCUCAAUUUUGGAAUCCUGCCUACAGUUGUUUCACUUUUGGGAAAGUCGAUUUGACGCCUACUGUGGAGGAGUAUACGACCUUGCUUUGGUGCCCAAAGUUUCAAGUCGACAGGGUUUAUUCUAGAGCUGCUUGUGUCCCUCCAUUGUUAAGGAAAUUAAUGAACAUUAUCGGGAUGAGCGAGCAGGUCGAUGUCUUCGCUUUAGGUAUCUACGGGCUAGUGGUCUUCCCCAAGGCUUUAGGGCACAUCGACGAGGCUGUAUCUGAUUUGUUUGAUCGGCUUAGUAAAGGGGUUACGCCGGUUCCGGCAAUACUGGCUGAAACUUUCAGAUCCCUGAGUGCAUGUCGGAAAACAGAGGAAUUGGUGGCCACACCAAGACGGGAUGAUAUUUCAGAAGAAAGAUGGAGGGAGAUACUCCAGAAUCUCCAGGAUGAAGAUAUUGAAUGGAGGGCUCCUUGGUUAAUUCUUGAUGAGAUAUUGUACCGGUGUGGAGAUUUCGACUGGGUUCCUCUGCUCGGGAUAUGGGGAGCUAUCGGAUAUGUUCCCCUACUCGAAUCCAGACAGUAUAGAUCACGACAAUUCGUACCAGCAACGCUGGGGUUGGCCUAUUCUGAUUUUUCCUAUAGUGAGGACAAUUACAAGAAAAAGGUUCGAGAAGUGUCUAAUGCCUGGAACCAAACUCACCGAAUGAGAAUUUUAGCCGUGGGUCCGACGAUGACCCCCGAGUAUAGCCAGUGGCGUGAUCAAAGGGUCAACGAUAAUAUCCCGGCAUCUAAUCGAAGCGCUUUCGAUCUUUAG